CCCCGCGCGCCCUCUGCGUGCCGAGCCGCCGCCGCCGCCGCCGACUGGCAGGUUAGUCACCUACUCCAGAGAGAAUCAGAACGAUGUCUUACGUUUUUGUAAACGACUCUUCCCAGACAAAUGUGCCGCUGCUGCAGGCUUGCAUUGAUGGAGAUUUUAACUAUUCCAAACGACUGUUAGAGAGUGGUUUCGACCCAAAUAUUCGUGACAGCCGAGGCCGAACUGGCCUUCACCUUGCUGCAGCCAGAGGAAAUGUAGACAUCUGUCAACUCUUGCAUAAAUUUGGUGCUGACUUACUAGCCACUGAUUACCAAGGUAACACAGCCCUUCAUCUGUGUGGGCAUGUGGAUACCAUCCAGUUCCUAGUUUCUAAUGGACUUAAAAUUGAUAUUUGUAAUCAUCAAGGUGCAACACCGCUUGUUCUUGCAAAACGAAGGGGUGUGAAUAAAGAUGUGAUUAGACUGUUGGAAUCUUUAGAGGAGCAAGAGGUGAAAGGAUUUAACAGAGGAGCUCACUCAAAGCUGGAAACGAUGCAAACUGCUGAAAGCGAAAGUGCGAUGGAAAGCCAUUCCCUCCUUAAUCCAAACCUACAGCAAGGUGAAGGAGUUCUUUCCAGUUUCCGCACAACAUGGCAAGAGUUUGUGGAAGACCUGGGCUUCUGGAGGGUGCUGCUCCUCAUCAUUGUCAUUGCUCUUCUGUCACUUGGAAUAGCGUACUAUGUUAGUGGUGUGCUUCCUUUUGUAGAAAACCAGCCUGAACUGGUGCACUGAAGCAAAUGCAAAGAAGUGUACUGUGCUUUUCCCUGUUAUAAUCUUAUUUUGAGCUUCUUGGAAUUAUUCUCUUGGUGCAGGCAGUGGCAGCUGUAUAUACUGUUUGCCUUUUGUGCUUAUUAUUAACCCCUUUGAAAGAGGGAUUAAUUAAUUUCAAGUAAAACACUAAAUUCUAAAGCAUUCCUAAGCUACCUCUGACUUACCUUGACUUGCAAACAAGAUGUGAAGAUAAUCCUCUCUGUUGAUAAAAUAUUAUUAUUAGAAAAGGCCUUUCAUAAUGAAUAUUAAAUUACUGGGCAUGAAAAAUAUAUCCUAGUACAGAACCAAAUCUGAUUUAUUUUCCCUAUGAAGAGGGGUACAUCUAUUGUUGCAUUUUUUGUGUGUGCUUCAGUUGAAAGAAAACUAUGAUUUUAAACAUCCUCAUCAAGAAAUCUGAAUAAUAUAGCACAUUCUGACAUAUAGACAGUAAUAAGCUGUAACUUUGUAGUUCUUUUGGUGCCUCCCCAUAGUUUCAUAUCUGCUAGUUUAUAAAAAGAAUGAGAAAUAGUUCAAGUUUUACUAUGUCUUUAAUGUAUAGAUCACUCCUUUAUUUAUUAGGUUAAUGUAGUGUUUCUUCCCCAGAUGAAUUUGAUGUUGUUAAUACCUGCCUGAAGUAAAAUUUUGUAGAACAAAGCUGUUUGUUGUGCUUUGGAAGUAAAGUUGUCUCAGCCUUAGGCUGAAAAUGUUGCCUUUUUGUUGAAAUGUUACUAAGCAAACCUUUCUUUGUAAGGGUGGUUAAAAAGUGAUUUAGGUGUUCUGCUCUGUAUAUAACAGUUCUGUAAGGCCAUUGUCUUUGUGAAAUAUGUCAUGAAGGAUAACUUUUUCUUCCUUCCCCAAGGUCCAGACUGAACCAUAUAAUUGUAUAUUGUAUUGUUUUCAUGUUUGUGGAGAGGACUUGAUUGAAUAGAAUUUCUUUCUAGAAUUGUUUUCCAUUUCGGUUGUUUUCAGACAGCACUUAUAGGCUUAUGAAUUAUUUUCUGAGAAUGCAGAAUAAAAGUAUUUAAAAUGUUAA